CUUUGGUUGUCCAAACUCUAUCCGUUUCAGGAACGCUCGUUUAAUCUCACCUAACCUAUCUCGUUGCGUCCUGAUUGGCUCUUAUCAGCCUGCAGAAGCACGCGCGUAAAAUCCCGCUUGCUGUCAAACAACUUGUUUUCUGCUUACACAAGGAUAUGUCGACGAGAAGAAAGACAGCGUUGCUUCUCCUUAAUUUUUAUUGAUAACGCACCAAGGUUGUUUGUGAAGGGAACCGAACGUACAUCGACGAAUAGAUAUUUCCUGUCGAAGGAAGAGAUGGAUAUUCCCAGCCCUACUCCUCAGGAUUUGCAGACGAAGCUUUACUUCCUCGUGGAGCAGCUGCAGCACAUGGCCGGGGAGUUGCCGCCCAAGUAUCAGAUGCGGUUGCCGUACGAGCUGUUGUCCGGCCUGGCGAACUCGCUAUUGAACGACACCAUCUUCGAGAUAGUCAAGGGCCUGAUGGAGAUACAGCACGUCACAGAGAAGCAUCUCUUCCAGCAGCGACUCCAGCUUCUGAAUCAGCAGAAGAUCGAGUGCCAAGAAGCGUUGUCGGCGACGACGGUGGACGAGGAGCUGGCCGCGAUGAAAGUGGCGCAAUACAAGAAGCACAAGGAGGAAUUGAGGCAGAUGGACAUGAAGCUGGUCCUGCAGCUGGACCAGAAAGUGGCCGAUCAGCAAAGCAUAUUGGAGAAGGCUGGAGUACCCGGAUUCUACGUGACGAACAAUCCAGUGGAGAUUCAAGUGCAGAUGAGGCUGUGCGACUUUAUAAUCAGACUCAGCAAGAUGGAUAUACCAACUUGACACGAAUAUAAAAUUAUCCCUCGUGCAAUCGCUGCUCUUCCAGUCGUAUUUAUCACUCGCAGAUAGCCAUUGUUUCAUUAGAACCAUUGCAUUUGUCAUAUAUUUAUUUAUUAAAUCCUAAACGCCGAAUAUCACAGACUGCAUAGGCUUAUGUUAUAAAAUGUUUAAAUUAAAAUUGUCCUCUGUACAAUGUAAGUUUACAUACAGCGUCGUAUCAAACAGUAUUGUCACUAAAAAAAUCACAUCUGCUAGGUAAGUGUAACGGGUUAGUAAUGUGUACAAGUUUCCUUGAAAUAGAAAAAUAUUUUCGAUGGUUA